AGAGACCUCCGUCUAUCCACCUGCAAAAUCCGCUCUCGCGUACUACACACUUGAGCGCCGCUGCGCACGGUCCAAGCUCCUCUCCCCUGCUUGUCUUCAGGAACAGCUCUUUUGUCUGUCGCCUCCGCGGGUGGGAAAUUACAGAAUCCGUUGAUGCAUUUUAGUGUUCACUUCAACUUACUGCGACUGUGUCUAUUUAAUGCGAAUGCGAGCUUUUGUUUUGGCUCUGGAGAUAAUCGUGCAAGAUCAGCGGUGGAUACGCCUGCGGACAGAAGAGCUCAAACAACCUGGGUGGAUGGUUAUAAAUGUUCACCAGCUUCAGCACAAUAUUCACUGGACCUUACUAGAAGCUCCUGGACACUCAUCAUUUCCUGUUCAUAAACAGAGGGACAAUGUUGUGGGACAAACUGUCCUGGCUACUGGCCCUGUUGGCCUUGUCCUCUGGAGUGAUUCUCCCUUCCAAUGAGCCCCUGUCUGCUCCCAGAAUUUUCUUGUCCUUCAAAGAGUUAAAGUCUACCGGCACCGCGCACCACUUCUCCUUUCUGCUCAAUUCGACCGACUACCGGAUCCUUCGCAUGGACGAGGACCAUGACCGCAUGUAUGUGGGCAGCAAAGAUUAUAUCCUCUCUCUGGAUCUGCAUGACAUCAACAAGGAGCCCCUCAUAAUCCAUUGGCCUGUUGCACCCCAGAGGAAGACUGAAUGUGUCUUGUCAGGGAAAGACACCAAUGGAGAAUGCGGAAACUUCAUCCGUCUGAUAGAGCCCUGGAACCGGACCCACCUGUAUGUGUGUGGAACAGGGGCAUACAACCCCAUCUGCACAUAUGUGGACCGUGGACGCAGGUCACAGGGGUUCCACUAUCUCCAGUCACCUCAGUCAGCAGGGAGAACAAGUCGAGCAGCAGACCUCAGCACUACAUCAGAGCCUUUGAGCGCAGAGGAAUAUAUUUUCCGCCUUGAGCCUGGCAAAGUGGAUUCUGGGAAAGGAAAAUGUCCUUAUGACCCUAAACUUAACAGUGUCUCUGCUUUGAUCAAUGGAGAACUCUAUGCAGGAGUCUACAUUGAUUUCAUGGGAACAGACUCCGCUAUCUUCCGUACUCUGGGGAAGCAGACAGCCAUGAGGACCGAUCAGUACAACUCCAGAUGGUUAAAUGAUCCUACUUUUGUCCACGCACAUCUCAUCCCAGACAGUGCUGAGAAGAAUGAUGACAAGCUCUACUUCUUUUUCCGUGAGAAAGCCUCAGAGAUGGGCCAGAGUCCAAUGACCCAGUCCAGGAUAGGGCGGAUCUGUCUGAAUGACGACGGUGGACACUGCUGCCUGGUCAACAAGUGGAGCACAUUCCUGAAGGCUCGUCUCAUCUGCUCCGUACCUGGAGCUGACGGCAUUGAAACACACUUUGAUGAACUAAGAGAUGUGUAUAUCCAGCCAACUCAAGACACCAAGAACCCAGUCAUCUAUGGAGUCUUUUCAGUUUCAGGAUCUGUGUUUAAAGGCUCGGCCGUGUGCGUCUACUCCAUGGCUGACAUUCGCAUGGUCUUCAAUGGACCUUUUGCCCACAAGGAAGGGCCCAACUACCAGUGGGUGGCAUAUGGUGGGAAGAUCCCCUACCCUCGGCCUGGCACGUGUCCAGGAGGCACUUUCACCCCAAACAUGAAAUCCACGAAGGAUUACCCGGAUGAGGUUAUCAACUUCAUGAGAAACCACCCCACCAUGUACAAUGCUGUGUAUCCAGUGCACAAGCGCCCCCUGGUGGUCAGAACCAACGUGGACUAUGAGUUCACCACAAUUGCUGUGGACCAAGUGAGAGCUGCAGAUGGGAGCUAUGAGGUGCUCUUCCUGGGGACAGAUCGGGGAACAGUUCAGAAAGUCAUUGUCUUGCCAAGAGAUGACUUGCAGACGGAGGAGCUGGUCUUGGAGGAGGUAGAAGUGUUUAAGGUUCCAACAGCAAUUACCACCAUGAAGAUUUCAUCAAAACGGCAACAACUGUAUGUGGGGUCUGUCUCUGGUGUGACCCAUCUGGCUCUCCACCGCUGUGACGUGUACGGGGAGGCCUGUGCUGACUGCUGUCUGGCCCGGGACCCGUACUGCGCCUGGGAUGGCAAAUCCUGCUCCAGAUACUCUGCCUCACAGAAGAGACGGAGCCGUCGACAGGAUGUAAAGUAUGGAAACCCAAUCCGGCAGUGCAGAGGUUAUAACUCAAACAGUAAUAAGAACACUCUGGAGGCAGUUCAGUAUGGGGUGGAGGGGAGCACAACGUUCUUGGAGUGCCAGGCUCGCUCUCCUCACGUGUCUCUGAAGUGGCAUCUGCAGAAGGAAAACAGUGACAGGAGGAAAGAGAUCCGCUCAGAGGGUAGGGUCCUAAAAACGGAACAAGGCCUACUGAUCCGAUCGCUGCAGGCGUCGGACAGCGGCAUCUACCAGUGCACUUCCACCGAGAAAAACUUCAAACACACUCUUGUGAAGCUGCAGCUCGUGGUCCUGUCCAGUCGCACGGUCAACAACGUGCUGGUGGAGACGGGCAGCCCGGCCCUGCCCCCGCUGCAGUCCAGCGCCUGGACUCCGAGUGCCGGUCAAUACAAGGACCUGCUCACCAUCCUCAGCCAACCGGAGAUGGGACUGAUCAACCAGUACUGCCAGGAUUACUGGCAGCUGGGAGACGGCGGCCUCGGGGACAACAAAGCCAAAAGCCUGAAGGAGCUGAAGGAGCAGAAGAAGCCUCGCAACCGCCGGCAUCACGACGAGCAGACGACCUCGGCCGAGACAUGAGCGAGCUUCGCGGGGAUACCCGUCAUAUUCAAGCACCGCCCACGUCUACUCUUCCACACGACCUCCCGAACACGACAGCCUUCCAUUUAGGGGAACGACUCCAUUCAAAGAAUAAAUGAUCAUAAAGGGCGAGACACAGAACAGACACUGCAACAGAAAGCACCUAACAGUUUAUGUCUAACUGUUGGCAAAGAAAAAAGAAACAAUAUUUAUUGUAGUUUGUAAAAAGUAAUUCUUUGUACCUAUCUAGAAACCCUGUUUUUGUGAAUAGAUAAAUAUGUGCAAAUAUUGUUGUUAUAAUAAUAUUAUUGUUAGUGUUAUUGUUUAUUCCAAUGUGUUAUGUUGAGAAUACCUUUAUGUUUGGUGGUUUGUUUGUUUGUUUUUUGUUGGUUUUUUAAACAGCAACAAUAACCCAGGACUUUGAGAGUAUCUGUACACGGACGAGGACAGAGGUGGUCGUGUUGGAUCAUUCGACUGCUGGCAGUAUUCAGCAUCUAAGCUCAAAGUCGAGACCGGAAGUCUUACUUUGUGGAACUUCCCCAAACCUCCUCACUAGAACAAUCUACUGUAUACUGGAGAAUUUUUAUUUU